CAAAGGUGUUCCGUUGUUAAUCAAACAUUUGAAGCGCAUGGAAAGUAGUCUUAAGUCUCAAGAGCGUUUUUAAAAGUCAGACGUUUGGAUAUGCGUCACUGCUGUAAACAAAACCCGCUUCCGCUUGAAACGUACAAAAUCAAAAGAUUAGUAACAGGACAUUAUUUUAUCGUCUGAAAAUGGAUUCACAUGAAACUGGAUACUUGAAGUUAGACCAGGAGUUUGACAGAUAUCUUGCUGAAAUGAAGCCACAUGUACUGAAAUUACCUCAUAAAACAGAUCGUCAAAAGUGUGCUGUUUGGAUAAAGAAGCUGUGUGAACCAACCUCUGGUUAUUCUGGAAGGAAAAACAGAAACAUGUACGGCCAGCUUAUGUUGCACAUGCUGAAGAGGGGUGUUCUGGAGGGGCCUUUCACUAGCAAACCACAAGAGGGGGCCCUGCCCACCCUCCCAGCCUACAUGUCUGUGUAUUUGGAGGAUAAUGUUGAGACCAAUAAGGUUCCUGACUGGGUAAACGGUGAGUUGACGACCACCGCCGGAUCCUCCCUGUUCAGGUCAACCAUCGGCAACCCUGCGGCACACUCAACUUGGCGCUCUGCACUCUCACCACCGGGAUCUCCAUCUAGAAGGCCUGCCACAGCCCUGGGUAUAGACUCAGACAAGGAACCCCUUACUGGACCCUCUCCUCGCAAGGACUACAUGAGCCGACCUGGGGACUCAGCCCCUUACUCUUAUGAUGACCUGAGCAUUGUGGGAAACAAGCGCCACCCCCGCUCUGCCUUCAACUACCAUUCUGAUGAUGAAGACAGCAUCAUUGGGGGUCCUAAGUCAUGCAAAACAGAUGUACGUGACAGACAACUUCCUGACUUUACCACUCAUACAGAGACAGCCAACUGGUCAGAAGCUACAGCUGCAUCUUCCACAGCCAAUCCAUAUUUGAAAGGUAUCACCUAUGCAGAUGAUACAGUGGCUCCAAAAGGUGGACGAGAGAUUGGAGACAUGAAAGUGAAGAUGGCAGAGGCCAAGUUCCAUGAAGAGAAACUACGCAUGCAGCAGAAACAUGAUGCAGCUGUACAGAAGAUCCUUGACCGCAAAAAUGCUGAGAUCGAGGAUGUGAAGGUCCAGCACCGCAACAAGAUCAAGGAACUUGAGGAGCAUAUUGCCAAGAUGGAUAAGAAAGUGGGCAGUGUGCUGAAGGAGAGCCAGCACAUUCAGGAGACCAAGGACAGGCAGAUAGCAGAGCUGAAGAACAUCCUGGAGGAAACCAACACCACCAAGAAACACGAGUUUGAGAAGAAGAUCAAUGACAUUGUGUCUGAGUUUGAGCAGGAGAAGUUUGAGAUGCAGAAGCAGCACACAAAGAACAUCCAGGAGAUACUGGACGAUACGAACGCCAGGCUGCAGAAAAUGGAGAAGGAGUACAGCCACCAGACUACCGCCACUCAAAAUGUCAUCAAGGAACUGGAAUCGCGAGUACAGCAACUUGUCAAUGAGACUGAAAACGUGAAAAAGUCUCGUAAUCAUCUGGAAAAGGAGAAAUCAGAGGCUGAGUCGAGAAUUGAGCGCUUCAAGUCAGAGCUGCGCACUCAGCAAGACAAGAUGUUGACAAUGGAGCAAGACCACCAAAGAUCCUUGGAGCAACAUGAUCAGGAUCUGAGGUCACUGCAGCGCAAGACAGAGUCCAACAUAGAGUUCCUCAAGCAGGAACACAACAUGGCGCAAACCAAGUCCUCAGAGUCUAUCUCAGAGCUGGAGGGUCACAUAGACUCGUUGAAGCGCACACUCAAGGACGCGGAGGAGCAGAGGCAGCGACAGGUACGGGAGCUGGAGCAGGUGCACAAACAGGACAAGUACCACCAGGAGACACUGCACGAGAAACAGCUGUCUGCAGCCAAGAAGGAGAUAGACCAGCUGGAUCAGGACAUGCAGAAGAAGGUCAAAAGUCUUGAACAGAUUGUCAGGGACCGUGAAGAUGAGAUCAAGCGUCUGUCUGAGAAGAACCGUUAUCAGGCUGAGGAAGCUGAGAAAGCGCUGUCUGCCUUCAAGGACCAGGUGGAGAAGAACCAGACGCGUAUCUAUGACGACAUGAAGCAGCAGAUGGCGAAGGUUGAGGCCGACCUCAACAAGUCCAAGCAGGCCCGAGAACGCCAGGCCAAGGAGUUCAACAGGCAGAUGGAGGAGGAGAAAACAGCACAUAGCAGAGAGCUGAUGGAGGUGAAGAUGGGCCAUGAGCAGGAGAAGGCGGGCAUGCUGAAGGACUUCCACGUGCAGAAGGAGUUCAUCCACGGGGAGCACGAGAAGGAGGUGGAGAACAGCAAGUCCCUGCACAGACAGGAGAUCACCGACCUGGAACGACGCAUGCAUGCCAGGCAGGAAAAGGACGCCAAGAAAAUUGCGGGCUUGGAGCUGCGAGAGCAGGAGCUACGUGAGGAGGUGGUUCAGGCCAAUCAGCUGAGGAAGCAGCAGCUGGUGGAGCUGGGCCUGCUGAGAGAGGAGGAGAAACAGAAGAUGCAGCGGGACACGGAGAUAGAGAUGGGCAAAUUGAAGUCAGAAAUGGAGCAACAGAGACUAGAAAUGCAGAAAACCCACAGCACUGAGAUGGAGCAUGUGCUUGGAAAGACCAAUGAGAGAUUGAAGCAGAUAGAAAGAGAGUAUGCUGAUCGGGCACAGAAAUCAGCAGAUACAAUUACUGAAUUGCAUUCAACAAUCAACCAACUUCGAGAAGACAUGAAAAAACACAGGGAGUCCUCAGACCGCAAGCUGACAGAGCUGAUGAGCAAGUAUGACGAGGAGAAGAGGACCCUGAAGAAGCAGUACAACUCCAACCUCUCUACUGUUCAGAAGGAGUUGGAGUCCAAGUAUGGCAAGGUGCGACAGCUGGAGCGUCAGAUAGACACACAGGACUCACAGCAGGAGGAGAAGAUUACUCACCUGAAGAUGGCGUACGAAGAGAAGAUGAGAGGCCUGAUGCCCAGCUCUGUCCGGCAGGAGUUGGAGAGCACUAUAGAGUCGCUGCGUUCCCAGGUGGCGUCGCUGCAGCAGAAGUGUAACCUCCUGCAGGAAGACCUUGACAUGCAGACCAAGUUCCCACUGGGGACAUUUGGGGCACGCACCAGCUCACCCAUCAAGUCUUCCUGAUGUGGGAACAUCUUAAUGGCAUCACUCCUAGUUCAAUAACCCGGUAUCUGCUAUGCAAAACUAUUUACUUUUAAUGAGGUUUAGAACUAAGAUGACUAGAUGUGUGAAGCUUCAAGACCUAUACAAGUGGUGGGACCAUGGCUCAAAGUUAAUGUGCAGAAUGUGUAUAUCAAACUGGCAGGAUUUAAUGUGUGAUUUUUGUAUGCUUUAUGUUUGUGUUUGGCAGCAGACAUGUUACAAGUCAUUUUGCUGUUGUCUUGCCUUCUGUUUUGUGCCACAUAACAGAUUAACUUACAAAAUAUCUAUUAAAGGUGCUUUCAUACUAAAUGGUAAAACUUACUAAAAUGAACAGAACCCGAGACAAGUUGUUAAGCUGUUAUGUUCAGUUACAUAGUUUGUAUUUAUUUACAUGUAUUGUAUGUAACAUAAAGUUUGCACUAACCAAAAAAGACUGUGAUAUUUUAUAUAUUUAUCUGGAGUAUUAGAUGAAUGUAAACUUAGUAAUGCCAUAGUGGUAUUCAAUUAAAAACAUAAUUGAAAUAUAUAUUAUAGAACUGGUCAAUGUUAUUGCUUGCAGUAUUGUAUCCAGUUGAAACAGUCACUGUAAGACCAUAGCUGUUGUUUACCUUGCUAGUGUUGAAAAUAUGAAUUUAGAUAUCAAGAUACUAUCAAAUAAAAUAGUUCAGGUUGAAUUUUUUUGUCUGAUCCAAAUAUGUGUUUGUAAAUUCAUGGAAAAAUAAGAACAUAUUAAAGCUUUGUGUAAGUAGACAAUUAUAAAUGCAAAUGUAGCCAUAUUAACAAACUUACACAAUUUUUUACUGAGAGAAUUUUGUGACCAUUGGCCCUUUUUGACAGUUCUUAGAUUGUAACAGCUGUAAAUAUGAUUUUAAUCAUUUUGUACUACAUUCCAUAUGAAUGUCUGGUGCAUAUUUAUUUGCCAUUCAAUGCCAGGGUCCAAGCAUGUUUGUCACCUGGGUAUCUUCAAGUUACCACACUUCAUUUUCAACAGGAAUCCAAAGGAGAUUAUAAAUGCCAUGCAAUCAAUAGCUACAUACGCAAUAUAUAUUUCUUGAUAUUUGCACAUAGAUCAUUUGUCCAACACUUCAUCAUGCAGUAAUAAGCAUUUUACCAGUAGUUUUUAUUUCAGUGUCAUUUAUAUAUAUUUGGGUUGUUGUAUUUGUUUAUAUUUAUUAUUUGUUCAUUGAGAAAUUGGUAUUUUUAACAGAAUUUUGUCUCGAUGGUAACUGCAUUUAUUAUGUGUCAUUAGAUCUGUAUCACUUAUUAAUCAUGUCACAAACUGUUAUGUCAGUUUUUGUGAAAAAAAUAUUUACUGUC